AUGGCUCUGUAUGAGGUGUUGUAUGGACCUAAGUGCAGAACACCAUUGCAUUGGGAUGAGGAUGUUAUCAGCACAAAGCCGAAGAAGAGUUAUGCCGAUCUAAAAUGGAGGGAUUUGGAGUUUGCAGUAGGGGAUCACGUAUUUCUCAAAGUGUCACCGAUGAAAGGGGUACUGAGGUUCAGCAAGAAGGGAAAACUCUGCCCAAGGUACAUUGGGCCUUUUGAGGUUCUGGAACGAAUUGGGACUCAGGCUUAUUGGCUUGCUCUACCACUGAGUCUGUCUGGGGUUCAUAAUGUGUUCCACAUAUCCAUGCUUCGAGGAUACAUACCUAAUCCCUCUCAUGUGAUUGGUCACACAACCGUGCAGUGGACACCAGAUCUGUCCUAUGAGGAAGUGCCGAAGCAAAUACUUGAUCGCCAAGUCCGGAAGCUGAGCAACAAGGAGGUCCGAAUGGUGAAGGUUCUAUGGGGAAACCAGCUGGAGGAGGAGGCAACGUGGGAAUCUGAAUUGGAUAUGCGCAACCGCUACCCCGAGUUUUUCGGUAAGUCAAAUUUCGAGGACGAAUUUUUUUUUAGGGGGGAGAAUUGUAAGGCCCCAGGAGCGUAA